UGGAUAUACAGAUUGUAUACUAGAUAUACAGAUUGUAUACUAGAUAUACAGAUUGUAUACUGGAUAUACAGAUUGUAUACUGGAUAUACAGAUUGUAUACUGGAUAUACAGAUUGUAUUCUGGGUAUAUAAAUUGUAUACUGGAUACACAGAUUAUAGUAUACUGGAUAUACAGAUUGCAUACUGGAUAUACAGAUUGUUUUCUGGGCAUAUAGAUUGUUUACUAGAUAUACAGAUUGUAUCCUGUUUGUACAGAUUGUAUACUAGAUAUACAGACUGUAUACUGGAUGUACAGAUUAUGUACUGGAUAUACAGAUUGUAUUUUGGAUAUACAGAUUAUUGUAUACUGGAUAUACCGAUUGUAAACUGGAUAUACAGAUUGUAUACUGGAUAUACAGAUUGUAUACUGGAUAUACAGAUUGUAUACUGGAUAUACAGAUUGUAUACUAGAUAUACAGACUAUAUACUAGAUAAACAGAUUGUAUUCUGGAUAUACAGAUUGCACUCUGGAUAUACAGAUUCUGCUCUGGAUAUACAGAUUGUAUACUAG